AUGAGAAGACCACUGGAUCCUGUUUGGGAGCAUUUUGCUACAACUGCAUUAAAAUCACCUGGCCAUUUUUCUGCAGUAUGUAAAUAUUGCAAUACUCAAUUUAGCCAUGGGCGUCCAAAUGAACUUGAGGUGCAUCUUGCAAAAGAAUGUGAAGGUGAAAGCAUUGAUGAUGAAAUAAGAAGCAAAUAUUUUGAAAUUGCAGUUCAGAGACAACUAUCAAAAGAAAAAACUAGUUCAAAAAAUUAA